CAGCAGCGCGGACGAGGAGGCUCCCGACGGUUACAGAGAAAGAGCACCAGGGCAGCGUUCAGCAACGCCUCCCCAUGAUUUCUGACAGCUCUCCUCAUCCUCCAGCUCUCUCUCUCCCUCUCUCCAUCUCUCACAUACUCGACUCGUCUGCUAUAAAACUCCACUUGUUCGCUGGAGGGGGGUUAGAAUUCCUCUCUCACGCUGGCAAAACAAUGAGGACAACAAACAGAGACGAGAAGUGAUUUCUCCCUUCCACUGACUGAACUGCUACCUUUCCCUUCCUUUCUUUGGACUGAGAAAUGAUAACGGAGUUGGUGUGCAGUGCUGUGGCUCUGGUCCUCUACGUGAACACCCUGGACGCGGAUUUCUGCUACGAUGACAGCCGAGCUAUCAAAACCAACCCAGACCUCCUGCCUGAGACACCUUGGACCAACAUCCUGUAUGAUGACUUCUGGGGCACCCUUCUGACCCACAGCGGCAGUCACAAGUCCUUCCGGCCUCUCUGCACCCUCUCUUUCCGUCUGAACUACGUUCUGGGCGGCUUGGACCCCUGGGGCUACCACCUGGUCAACAUGGUCCUGCACUGCUGUGUCACAGCGCUGUUCACUGCAUUCUGUCACCCCCUGCUGGGUGGAGGCUGCUGGAGCUUAUUAGCUGGGCUACUUUUUGCCUCGCACCCAAUACACACAGAGGCAGUGGCGGGGCUGGUGGGCCGUGCAGACGUGGGAGCAGCUCUAUGCUUUAUGCUGUCUCUUCUAUGCUAUGCCCGCCACUGCAGGCUCCGGUCUGGGCGUUCUCACCUGCUCAGGUGGAGGGCGCGUACAUGGCUGGCUGCAAGCUUGGUGAUGGCAGCAGUUGCCAUGUUGUGGAAGGAGCAGGGAGUGACUGUUCUGGCCGUGUCGGCUAUAUACGACAUUUGUGUGGUUCACCGCUUGCACUUACGGCAGGUCAUACUGGUGAUUUUUAAGAGGAGGAACGUAAGCCUACUGGUAAGCCUGGCUUGGCUGGCUGGCUGGGGAGUAGUGCUGCUGGCUGCUAGGCUGUACUGGAUGGGCAACAGGCCUCCAAACUUCUCCAACUCUGACAACCCAGCGGCUGAUUCACCUCAUCUCCUCACCAGAACACUCACCUUCCUGUACCUGCCAGCUGCCAAUGCCUGGCUCCUCCUCUGUCCUCACACCCUCAGUUUUGACUGGUCUAUGGAUGCCAUACCCCUCCUCAGAACUAUUGCUGACUGGAGGAACUUCUACUCAGUUGCAUUUUACUCAGGAUUUGUGCUCCUUGCUUGGUCUGGCUUGAGAAACAAAGAUUCCACCGUGUUCCACAAGACCAAUGGAAAAUCCCAUGUCACCAAUGGAAAGUCCAUGAUAAACGGCCUCCAUCACAUUGACGGGGAUCAACACCACAACAACAAUCACCACCACAAUGGCUUAACUAUGUUAGAAUUUCCUAAGAACACACAGAAUGGGUGUGCCAAACCCCUUCCCUCUGCCACUCGUGCCUCACUGCCAUCCAAAGAGAACAUGGUAGUCUUUUCCCUUAGUCUGCUGGCUUUGCCUUUCCUCCCUGCAACCAACUUGUUCUUCUAUGUGGGCUUUGUGGUGGCUGAAAGGGUGCUGUACAUCCCCAGCAUGGGCUUCUGUCUUCUGGUGACGCUGGGGCUGAGGUCUUUGUAUGUUUCUAUGAGGCGAAAGAGCUCCAGAGUGCUGCUGCUGAGCUGUGCUGCUGGUGUGGUCCUGCUCUAUAGCCUUAAAACAGUCUACAGGAACCAGGACUGGCGGAGUGAGGAAAUGCUCUACAAAUCUGGCAUCACAGUUAAUCCUGCUAAAGCCUGGGGUAACCUUGGCAAUGUCUUGAAGAACCAGGGCAAGAUGGCAGAGGCAGAGGAAGCAUACAGAAACGCGCUAUACUACCGCAGCAACAUGGCUGACAUGCUUUACAACCUGGGUCUGCUGCUGCAGGAGAGUGAACGCUUCUCUGAAGCUCUUCAUUACUACAAAUUGGCCAUUGGGAGCAGGCCGACCCUGGCUUCUGCAUAUUUGAACACUGGUAUUAUCCUGGUGUCUCAAGGAAAUGUGGAUGAAGCCAAACGCACCUUUCAGACCUGUGCAGGCAUCCCAGAUGAGAACCUGAAGGACCCCCAUGCUCACAAAAGCUCAGUCACCAGCUGCCUGUACAAUCUGGGCAAGCUGCUGCACGAACAGGGCCAGCAGGAGGAGGCACUGUCUGUGUACAAAGAAGCUGUGAGGAUGAUGCCUCGCCAGUUUGCACCUCAGAGCCUUUAUAACAUGAUUGGUGAGGCUUAUAUGAGGCUGAAUAAUCUAGAAGAGGCGGGGCAUUGGUACAGAGAAUCACUGAAGGCCAAGCUGGACCACGUCCCUGCCCACCUAACCUAUGGGAAGCUGCUGUCUGUCAUGGGUCAGACAGCAGAGGCAGAGCACUAUUUCCUGAAGGCCAUAGAGCUGGAACCCACCAAGGGAAACUGUUACAUGCACUACGGUCAGUUUCUGCUGGACCAGUCUCGAGUAACAGAAGCUGCUGUAAUGGCAGAGAAAGCUGCUGAACUGGACAGCUCAGAGUUUGACGUAGUUUUCAGCGCAGCUCAUAUGCUCAGGCAAGCCAGUCUGAAUGAGGCAGCUGAAAGAUAUUAUGGAAAAGCAGCAGAUCUAAGACCAGAUUAUGCUGCUGCUCUGAUGAACCUCGGGGCCAUCCUCCACCUCAAUGGGAAACUUCAGGAAGCCGAGGUCAACUACCUCCGUGCCCUACAGCUCAAACCAGAUGACCUGAUCACACAGUCCAACCUGCGCAAACUCUGGAACGUCAUGCAUAAACAGAGUGUGAGGGGCUCGGGGUCAUGACCCUGCUUUAGAUACUGACCCCUACAGAUGGAGGCAGUUGUCAGUAAGAGUUUGAGGCUUGUGCUCCUCUGGUGUGGACAGGUUGGUGAUGUGGGAGCAGAAUCAGCACAACAGGCAGAAGCAGCUUGCAUGGAUCUGUGAGUCUGACAGAUUGAGAAUUGUGGUUGUGAUUACUGAGUGUGAACUGAUCCACUGUGGUUGGAGGACGUCCACCUCACACCCUGAUGACCGAGAGAGGACCAGUGGAAGAGUACUUAAAAACGGCAGUACUUCACUUCUAGAACCGUCUGCUGUGAAUGACACACAGCUGAAGGAAAGGAGUUUCUGUAUUUUGUGAGUCAUUCUGAAGGCCAGAGUUGUGAUUAUCAUAAUUGGUCAUUUCUGCUGUUCACUUACAACACACUCAAGUGUGAACUAACAGGAGAAAUUUUGAAUAUUAUUUUCAGUAAAAUUAAAAAACCUAGAAAGAUUGUACCAAGAAUUGAAUGCCAUGAAUGAGAAAUGAUCAUAUACUGUAUGUCGUUAUUGUUUUUGUAUGUAAACUGUUAAUUUAUUGGGGGCCUUUUUCACUCCCACAUUAAUUAGUUCAGCAACAAAUGAACAAAUGAACUGUUCCUCCUCAGAAAUGUCAGAUCAUAAACAGCUCUCUGUUUGAAGAUGCCCGUGAGUGAUAGAUCCUAGUUCUAGAUUCACUGAAGUUUAUUUGAGCGAUGGUC